UAGAAUGGAGAAAUAAGCUCAUGCACUCGCCUGACAACAUGAUGAAAGAAGACGAAAUUCAAGAAAUGAUGAAAUGGACAAAGGCGCUUUUGGAUUGCCUAGAUAUAACCGAGAAAACAUAUUAUAAGGAUGCUAUAGCGGGAUUGGAAGACAUUGCAAAGAAAGACUUUGUUAUAAAGUAUCAAUCUGAAGAAAGUAAAAACAUUCUAGCCAAUGUUAAAGAGGCGAAAACUUUUGCCGAUGAGCUACAUAAAAAUAUUGAGGAUGACGAACAAUUGCGCACGAGUAAACGUUUACUAGAUAUGCUUGAAAGUAUUGGAUGUUUCGGGAUAACAGAAAACAAGGGAUUGGAAUAUAAACAAGCCGAGUACAAGUCAAAAAUUAAAGAAGUAUUUGAACAGAAGAGUGUAACGAUAGAACUAGAUAAAGCAGAGUGUGAUGAAGAAAGCGAGGACUUUAAAGAAUUGGAUGUCCUCCAGCAACAUACAAAACAAACUCUUCAAGAAGUUGAAGUAGUAAUAAAAAGACCGGAGUCUGAAGAAAUGGAAGUCAGAAUUAACAGUUUGAACAAAGAACUGGAAAGUAAAAAAUCACAGGAAGUUCAGUUAAUUCGGUUAAAGAAAGAUUCAGAAGAAUCGGCUAAAACAAUAGAACAUCUCCAAAAUGAAGUAAAAUCCUUGGAAAAAGAAAAUAUAGUAAUAGAUAUAGAGGAGCAAGAAGACGAUCUUAAUCUGGACGAAAAUUACAAAUUCUUCAUGAACGAGAUUCCUUCACGACCUAAUGGUGAUUACAUUGAUACUAUUCAUAAAGAAUGGUGGGGUGAUUAUAAAAGAUUAGAGGAAGAUCGAAACUAUAUGCAGUGGUUGUUUCCAAUAAGGGGAAAAUGUUGUGACAGACCAUACCAGGAACUUUUUCCUCAUGAAAUACAGAAAAUUCGUGGUCGUAAGGAGGCGCAAGAUAGACUUUUACUAUCGUACAAGAUGAUGUUAGAUUUUUACGGAAUGACACUAAGUGAUGAAAAGGAUGGAACGAUUUUGUUCACAUUUAACUUUGAUGAAAGAAUGGAAAAUCUUAACAAAUCUGAGCAAAAUCAUAACAGAAUAACAAGAAUUCUGAAAUGCCUAGGUGAACUAGGAUUUGAACAUUUAAAAAAAAAGCUUAUUAAGUUCAUUAUAAAUCAAAUAUUUAUUUCGAAAAGACUCACAAACUUGCAGGAAAUUUGUCGUAAUUACUGGAUUGAAAUUUUGAAGGAUCCAAGAGAGAGAGCGGAGAUGAAAACACAUUUUGAAAAUCCUGGCUGCCUGAUUCUUUGACAAUGAGAAAAUGAUGUUUUGAGGAUUUCGUUCUUUGUUAUGAUUGAAAUGAAAAAGAAGCAGAGUAUUUGAUACUUCUUAUUUGUAUUGUACUUAUGUUUUCAAAUUAAUCAAUUUAUGGUGUUAAUACAAAAUAUGAAGGUUUUGAUUGCAUAUGCAUUAUAAACUGAUAACAGACAUAGAUGACAAGAUCUGCGUUUGUCUUUAAUAUUUCAAUAAAACUUAUGUAAAUUCCAUUGUAAUGGAAUUCGUUAGAAUAUCAUUGUAUUGCUCAGACCAUGCAAAAAGUCUCAUAUCUUCUAGUUCGAUAUUUUUUCUACAAACGUUCGACUUGGUAAAAAUAUGUUAAUAUUUGUGUCUUUAUUCAAUUGAACAAGAUAGAAGCAGAAGUUAAAUUGUGAAAAAGUGAAUUGAUCAUAAGAUGAGUCAUAUCAGGGAUUAAGGAUUGCAUCGACAUUCUUAAUUAUUUUUUAGAAUUAAAGAAUUCAUGAAUCGAGACAUUAUGUAUCCCAUUUUGCUAAAACAGCUAUAUCUCGGUGGUCGAUCACCAAUCAGGCUCUCCUAGAUAAAUAGCCAGUUAUUUUUAAUUUCGCCUCUAGCAACCGACUACUUUUCAAACAUCAUUUUUACUAUUUUUACUGAUAAAAAUUUAUGAGUGCAUGAAAAAUUGCCAAUUUGAAACAAAAGCUGUAAAUUGUUUUUCUUUUUUUUGAAGAAAACUGCACAAGGAACAAUGAAAGUGAUAUACGAUAAAUAAUAACACA